AAAGAAACCAGGAAGUAAGGUGAAAUUAUUACAGCCUGAUCAUAGCUCAGAAUAUCAGUAAAGGCAAUAGCCUCCACUGAUUGGAUAUUCAUUAGCAAAAAGGAAAGAGCAGUGGGGGCCAGGGCUGGUCAAACCAUAGAGACAGACCUGAGGCUGGGAGAGAGCUCCUGGUAAAGGAAAGAAGCAGAGAUCUUACCUGGACUUUCCAUCUUUCUCUUGUUAACUUUUCCUUGGGACAAAAAGUAAGGUGACUCUUCUCUGUUCUCAGGCGUUUGUCUAAAUAAAGCCCUCUUAAUUAUGUUUUUGUUGUGGGAUUCCUAAGCAGACAAGAAGAAAAGGCAUCUUGCCACAGAGCUGCUGCCCAAUUCCCACUCGGUUUUGCUCUGGGACAGCAGCUACAGCCACAGAAAGCAAGCCGGUGAGUCUCUGCAAGCAGCCAGGUCUGCUGGACUGUUGUGAAACGGGGCUUUGCUCACUCUUCAAAGCCUGGUGGUGAAUUGGUUGCUGAUUUCAAAGUUGCCUGGUGGAGGAAGAGAAAGUGGAUCUGCAGAGACAAAGGGGAGAGGGAGAAGCCCUCUUCAACAGGGCAGCAUGGGCAAUGUUUUCCGGAGGCUCUGGGCAUACUUGCAGCCCUGUGUCCCCUGCUUGUUCCGGGAGGCAGACAAGCCGGAGGUGAUUGAGAACCCAGGGGCCUACUGCUCCCCUGAUCACGAGCCCAGGAGAAGCCAUGGCCACUACUUUGUGGCCCUAUUUGAUUACCAGGCUCGGACUGCAGAGGACUUGAGCUUCUGUGUGGGUGACAAGCUCCAAAUCCUGGACUCCUCCCACGAAGGCUGGUGGUUUGCCAGGCACUUGGAGAAAAGAGUUGGCUCCGGCCAGCAGCUGCAGGGCUAUAUUCCUUCUAACUAUGUGGCCGAGGACAAGAGCCUACAGGCAGAGCCGUGGUUCUUUGGCACAAUCAAGAGAGCAGAUGCAGAAAAACAACUAUUAUAUUCAGAAAAUCAGACGGGUGCCUUUCUAAUCAGAGAAAGUGAAAGCCAGAAAGGAGAGUUCGCCCUUUCAGUUUUAGAUGAAAGGGUUGUGAAACACUACAGAAUCAGAAGACUGGAUGAAGGGGGCUUUUUCCUUGUUCGGAGAAGAAUCUUUUCAACACUGAAUGAGUUUGUGAGCCACUACACCAAGACAAGUGAUGGCCUAUGUGUCAAGCUGGGAAAACCAUGCUUAAAGAGACAAGUACCAGCCCCUUUUGAUUUGUCUUACAAAACUGUGGACCAGUGGGAGAUAGACCGCCACUCUGUACAGCUCCUGAAGCGAUUAGGAUCCGGUCAGUUUGGCGACGUGUGGGAAGGCCUCUGGAACAAUACCACUUCAGUAGCAGUGAAAACGUUAAAACCAGGUUCAAUGGAUCCAAAUGACUUCCUGAGGGAGGCACAGAUAAUGAAGAACCUAAGACAUCCAAAGCUCAUCCAGCUUUAUGCUGUUUGCACUUUAGAAGAUCCAAUUUAUAUUAUUACAGAGUUGAUGAGACAUGGAAGUCUGCAAGAAUAUCUCCAAAAUGACGCUGGAUCAAAAAUCCAUCUGACUCAGCAGGUAGACAUGGCGGCACAAGUUGCCUCUGGAAUGGCCUAUUUGGAGUCCCAGAACUAUAUACAUAGAGAUCUGGCUGCCAGAAAUGUCCUUGUUGGUGAACAUAAUAUCUACAAAGUGGCAGAUUUUGGACUUGCAAGAGUUUUUAAGCAGGUAGAUAAUGAAGACAUCUAUGAAUCUAAACACGAGAUAAAGCUGCCAGUGAAGUGGACUGCGCCUGAAGCUAUUCGUACUAAAAAAUUCAGCAUUAAGUCCGAUGUGUGGUCAUUUGGAAUCCUUCUUUAUGAAAUCAUUACUUAUGGCAAAAUGCCUUAUAGUGGUAUGACUGGUGCUCAGGUAAUCCAGAAGUUGGGUCAAAACUACAGACUCCCUCAACCAUCUAAUUGCCCACUGCAAUUCUAUAACAUCAUGCUGGAAUGCUGGAAUGCAGAGCCUAAGGAAAGGCCAACAUUUGAGAGACUGCAUUGUAAACUUGAAGACUAUUUUGAAACAGACUCUUCAUAUUCAGUUGCGUAUUCAUAAGAUGAACAGUGAAGAAGAAAAUUAAUUAAUGAAAUAGAAUGAAGUUCAGUAAUCAGUCCAGAAAUACAACCUUAUUAACCAACUGCAAAAUGACUUCAUCUUGACAUAUUCAAGUGAUAGGGUCAGUUUGGCCAGGUAAUUUUAGAAAAAUUAUGUGUGCAUUUUACUGAUACGGCUACACUGCAGGACAAUCUAAGAUGGUCUAUCAUUUUCUCAUUGCCUGGCAAAAUCAACCGCACUAACCAAAGUUAUUUUUCUUUUUAAAAGAUACUUACAAUUCUAUUUAUUGUUUGAAAUGCUCAUCAAGAGGAUCAACAAAUGAUAGUCAAUUUUUACUCAGUGACUGUUAUAGCACUUUCCUGUUUACUGAUUAAAGUGGUUAUUCAUUAUUCCUCAGAUCGCUGAAUCCCAUCAGGCUGUUAUUAUGAAGGAAUUUGAUUGCUUUGCUGCACAGCAGGACCUGUGCUUUGAGAUUCUUUUUUCUCUUUUAAAAUAUCCUGCAACUACAAUGAUAGUAAAGCCAUGUUAAAUGACUUGAUUGUACUUGGAGUAAUUGCACAUAUUUUUUUCCUAUGCAUAAAAAUAUGAAGCAGCUGUUGAGAAAAAGAAUUAAAAUUUCUCUCAUUUUGUGGAAGGAAAUGAUGGAAUUUUUCUCUACCUCAGUAUGUGUCAUCCGAGAAUCAUCUACAUUAGUUUUAAUCUCUUAAUGUUAAGAAUCAGAUUGCAAAGCUGAUGAGUUAUUAUCUGUGGACAUAUGCAAGAAACAUCUAAUACCCAGCAAGAUCUGAGAAGUAAGUAUCAAAAUAGUUUAGGAAAAUGAGAAGGGAGCAGUAGGAUUGCUAUGGCCUACAAAUAAUUCUGAAUAAUUAAAAAAAUAAUGUACCUUUGGCAUUAUAGGCCAGAGUUUAAAAUUGACUACAAAACAGGUCAAGCUGUUUCAGGUCUUGAGGCUGGGAAUAAUGUUUGACCUUGAUUGUGAAACUGUACUUUUGGUCAAGAGGGUUUUUACUCAUUUUAAAUUUGCAUUAGCGUUUGUAAGAAUAUUACCGUCUUUUUAAGCAGUGGAUGUAUCAAAUUUUGUGCCUCAUUAGAUGAUUAGGGAGAGUUCUCAAAGGUAGUUUCAAAAUCAAAUACAUAUUCAAUGAUCUUCUGAUGUAAAGCAAUAUGAAUGAAACUAGCCAAGAGAAAGCAGAAUAUUUUGAGUAUAUUCUGUCAUUUCUUUUUAAAGGGAAAGAAGAACAUAUAUAAGCAGCUACAGAACCUCAUUCAAAGUGGAUUAAACACUAAGUCAAUUUGUAAAUUCUCUAACUGGCAGGCAGGAGGUAGGAAGGGCUCCAGGCACAAUGCCAUUAGUAGUUCAAUAAUGUCAACUAAGAUUCAAAUCCUUUUGACCGGAGCCUCUGCCACCAGCGUUGUCCUCAUUCUCGGGGUCACAGACUGUCAUUAGCAACUGGAGCUCCCUGUUCUCUCCUCUUCAUCUGAUAAGAGAAAAUGGGAAGCCGAGCUCUCUGCAUUUUCAUCUUGCAUAAAAAUCAUUCUAUUUUCUGUUUGGACAAAUUGGGGUCAUAUGCCCAGCUCUGUGCCAAUAAUAGACUUAACGUGAAUAUUACGUGCUGAUUGACUUAGGGUGAGUUCUGCCACUGUACUUGGCAAUGUAGUCAUCUUUCCUGGAGGCAAUUUGGGAGGUUGGAUUAUCUAAAUAAAAUUAGAAAAGAUUAGAUGCUGGAUAGGUGUCAGGUAAGGAGAAAAAUCACCUGAGAUGUGGUAGGUGUGUGUGUGUGUGUGUGUGUGUGUGUGUAAAAUAGGUGUAUGCACAUUCACUCAAACUUUUCUGAAACUAAAAUGGGUCAUGUAGAACUAAUGAUUAUAGAGUCCCUUGAUUACUUUAUGCACAGAAAAUAUUUGUAAAAUAGGUAAACACUAAUGUUUGUAAUCAGUUGACUAUGUAUAGGACUUCAAUUAUUUAGUUAAAAGUCAUCGAGUCUAAUCGUGAAAGUUCAACUUCUAUAUAAUUUAUCUUUUUGUAGCAGAUAAUAAUAACACAUUUUUAGUAAGAUCCGAUUUUUCAAAUGUAUAAAGAUGAUCGUUGUUUUUUUUAAUACCACCUGAAACCCAUUUAACUUUCUAUGCUUGAUUCUUGGAGAUGUUUAUGUUCAAGGUUCUGUCAAAGCAAUCUAUUAUUCUUGUUUUUUACCUGAUGGAUCAUGGUGAAAAACAAUGGAUUCAGUUAUGAGAAGCAGUAAUAGAUUUUUUUAACUGACAUGAAUUUCUUUCCAUGUAUAGAAUAAAAGGAUCCAGAAAAGAUAAGUUGAAUUUCCCUAC